AUGGACACUUCUUCAUACACAGAAUACGAUGCAGGAAAGCUCCUGAACAACCGAUACCGCAAAGUCGCAGACCUCAACAAGGGCUCGUACGGACAGGUAUCACUGGCCACAGACACCCACACGGAUGAGCUCGUAGCCAUCAAGUGUCUGGUCAAUUCUCCAGACCCCACCGCCGCUCGUCCUAAUGCCUCCAGAGCCUACUGCUCACGGGCCGAGAUCGACCAGGAGAUUGCCAUCCACUCGGCGCUCAAGGGACACAAAAACGUGGCCCAGCUACUCGACCACUUCACCCUCGGUAACGUCAACUACCUCGUGGUCGAAUACUGUGCCCAGGGCGAUCUGUAUGAGGCCAUUUCCGGCGGCCGUGGCCCCAAGGAAAGUGGUUGCACCCGCGAGUUCAUGCUCCAGCUGGUCGACGCCCUCAUUUUCUGCCAUUCUCGAGGCGUCUACCAUCGGGACAUUAAGCCCGAAAACAUCCUCAUCAGCAAGGCAGGUACCGUCAAGCUGGCUGACUGGGGUUUGGCCACGUUCGAGCUCCAGGCCCGCGACUUUGGCGUCGGCUCAGAACGAUACAUGGCUCCCGAGCUGUUUGACGGCGCAUCCCUGGCCGACUACAACACCCAGCAGGCUGACAUUUGGUCCGUCGGAAUCUGUCUGCUGAAUAUUCUGUUCGGCCGUAACCCCUUCACCAAGGCCUCUAGCAAGGAUAAGCUGUUUAUGGACUUUGCCGCUAACCGGGAGGCGCUAUUUGACAUUUUCCCGGCCAUGACACCCGACACGUUUGCUGUGCUGCGUCACUCGCUCACCAUCGACCCCGCCAAUCGGUCGCUGGAGGAGAUGCGGUCAGCCAUUCUGCUGGCAAACGCCUGGACUACCGACGAGGAGUUCGAAGAGUUUGCUGCCGUCGACGACAUGUCUUGCUCGGUGCCCUACUACGAUUCUGGCUUUAGCGAGACUCUGAGCGAUAAGCGAGACCGAGACCAGAACGUGGUUUCGUCCGUUCCGUCGCAUCAGUUUGUGCACUUCCAGGACUCAUUUGACAACGAUGGCGAUGUCACUCCUACUCCUGAUAACACCGACGUCGGUAAUGCUGGCACCCCCGCCAUUGCUAUCUCUUUGGCCUCUCCGGUGCUUCUGGAGGAAGACGUUGUGACCACGUGUUCCUCUCGACUGCCCCUGAGAACCCCCACGGUGCUGUCUCCCAAGCAGCACCUGGUGUCCCAGUCCCCCUGGGACCGAACCAUGCAGUUCACCCCCCCCGCUCACCGGUUCUCGUUGUCGUCCUACAAGCCCCGCAAGAAGGACAACACGAACGGCGGUGUCUCACACGCCCGGCACUCGCGGCUGAACCCUCGAAAGUGGACUGCCACGUCGGCCCACUCUAUGGAGUCCUUGUCUGAAGAGAGCGACCCCGAGUCUUUGGGUGACGAGGAUAUGUUCCGAAUGGACGACGAGGUGGUGCCCGACAAGCAGCUGAAGAAGCCGUUCAAGACGUCCAUCAAGACCCCUCGAAACAAUGGCUUUGCUCACCCCAAGCUGUCGCGAUCGCCUCCCGAUUCGGAUCUCGACGUGCCUUCGCUGUCCAACACCUCGUCGGACUCGUCCAAGGCCUCCGUCUAUGUGCCGCCCUCGCGACGACGAAACCACGAGAACAAGGGCGCUCUGUCGUCAUCCGCCAAGAAGGCUGGGGGACUUUCUUCUGGCGUUUCGCCUGCCAAGAAGUCUAGUAACCUGUCUUCUUCGCACAACUUCAAGCCCGAGGGAGUGUACCGGCCUCCGUUCCUGCGCAAGUCGCAGGCUACUUCGGUGCCAUCUGCCCCUCUGGCUGUUCCCAAGUCGAAAGCGUCCGUUUCUCUGGACUUUGCCUCGUCUUUCAAUCUCGGCAAGUCCUGGAGCGAUCUAGUGUCGGAUGAGGAGGACGACUGGAAUAACGGAUACGCUCGGGACGAAGAGGAUCAUGUCAAUGACCUCACCGACUACAUGGGCUCUGUUAGUAUCAACAACAAGUCCAAGACCGACCCCAUGAAGAUUCCUUUUCGAGAGAACUGGCAGAACUGGGUCGCCUGA